GAGGGAGUAUAUGUAAAGUGUAAAAUGCAAAGUCAAAGUUGUAGACCUGACUCUAUCAUGAUCAUCUUCUUCAUCAACAACUCUGAUGAGAAAAUCUGAGCUGUAAUGAUAAAAUGGGAUCUCAUCACAGAAAAUUUCUCACAGAAUUAUGCAAUUUAAUAUGUCAUGGAAAGGAAUCUCUAUCAAAUUGUUUACCAAACAACAAAGAUUGCACCACCGUUUGCUUCAAAAUUUGUCUUCCCAAUCCUCAAUACCCAUUUUUCAAUUAUCCACCACCACCACCACAAAAACCACCACAAGUUCCUUCUUUUAUCAUAUCAGAUGAAAACAACAACAGCCACAAACUCACCAAUUACUUCAUCCUUACCCUUUCUCUUGUUGCUUUUGUUUUCUUUCUUGUUUGUAUUCGUGCAAUUUGUAUCACUUUUAGGUCAAGAAGAAGAACAAGAUUAUUGGAAGUGACAAGAGCAUCACCAUCAUCAUCAACAACAAUUCAACAAAUUGAUGAGAAUUUUGAUGAAAAUCAACAUGUUGUGGAUCAUCCAAUCUGGUAUAUUCGAACCCUAGGUCUUAAUCAAUCUGUUAUAAAUGCAAUUAGUGUUUGUAAGUAUAAGAAAGGUGAAGGUUUGAUUGAUGGAACUGAAUGUUCUGUUUGUUUGAGUGAAUUUGAAGAAGAUGAAAAUCUUAGACUUUUACCUAAGUGUAAUCAUGCUUUUCAUUUACCUUGUAUUGAUACUUGGCUUAGGUCACAUACCAAUUGUCCUAUGUGUAGAGCUCCAAUUGUUAAUAGUAGUACCAACCCUCCAAUUGAUAGGGUAGAGUCUUUGGAGUCUGUUGUUGUUGAUGAUUUGAAUUCAAGUUCAUUGGAACAUACACAAAUUGAGGUUUUUGAUGAAAAUAGCGGUGAUGGUGAAACCAAUUUAGGGUUUGAAAGUUGUGAUUUUGAAUCGGAAUCGAGGAAUAGGGCGACGGCGGAGGAGGAAGGAGAAGGGCAAUUGGGGGUAUGUGAAAAUGAAAGGCGAGUUGUCGAUGCGGUUGGUGUUGUUCGGCCUAGGAGAUCGGUUUCUAUGGAUGAUUCUUUUGUUGCAAAUAUCAAUAAUGCUCUUGCAAAUGUUGUAUCAAUCGAAUCGAAAAGUAAUGGUGAAUCAAGUAGAGUGAUUUUCAAUGAAGAUACUAUUUCUAAGGUUAAUGGAAAUGAGAAUUUGGCUACUACUUCCAAAGGUAGUAGUAGCUUUUCUUUUAGGCCAACAAGAUAUUUGCAGGGUGUUCCUAGUCCAAUGAAGAGAUCAAGUUCAUACAAUGGGAAAUUUCUUCUGUCUUGGUAUGGUCGCACUCAGAAGAAGCCAAAUGCUAUUCUGAGAAGCUUUUAAGUUAAUUGUGUUAUUAUUACCAUCUUUUGUGCUAACUUCCCAACUCAAAUAUACAUGUAACUCAGUAACUCUCAACAAGCUGAGAGGCUGAGACUUUCAAAGUUUUCUGUGUCAUAAAAAUUAUGUGAUGCAUCAUUAUCAAGUGUAUAAUAGCAAAACAAAAAGGUUACAAAUAAAUGUUGCUUAGUUAUUUUGUUCA